AAUGCAUAAAACAAUUGAGCAAUCUGAACAGAGAGGGAAAUUGAGGGACAAGGAGAGAGAGAAGGGAAGAAAGGAGAUAGCGUUGAAAAUGAUCAAGUUAACAGGAUCAUUAGUCUGUAUGUUAUAUCUUCAAAUAAUGAUUGCUAAAGUGGAGUUAACGGCAGAUCGUAAUUUUCACAUUGCUGUCAAUAAUAAAGUUGGGACUAUUCCAAUGAUACAAAAAAUAACACAAAUAAAUGUGAAUAUAGUAGAAUCAAAAUUUCCUUCGCAAUAUCUUUUAGAAUAUCACUCUGGAAAUCUUAGAUUGGACAUGAAUAGUUCAAGCUGUUUUACGCAUCCAGUUCUCUGCUCUAAUGGAUUUUCAAUAUCUUUAUGGUUAUUUCUGCCUGACACGAAUAACGAAGUUGUUAUACUUGCGAUGGAAACUUUGGAGUUUUCUUACAAUCCAGUAUCAAAGACAGUUUACGUGGUGGGUAAUCUCUACCCUAAUGUUAAUGAAUACUUUGUCGAAAUGGAGGUGAAAUACUUUGACGAGUGGCAAUUCUGGAAUAUCGAAUAUAAUCCAUCUGACAGAGAGAUUAUUCUUAGGAGAAAUCUGUUUGAGGAGAAGGUUUCCAUCGUUAGGAACAAAUCUCCGAAGGCACUUUACGGAAACAUCAUAUCUAUUGGUUUUCAAUUCACAGGUAAAAUGGACGAUAUAUACUUUUGGAGUACGCGUCUGAGCAUGGCUGAUUUGAUCGGGGUAAGAGAUAGCGUUUUUCCCAGAGUGUCAAAGACCAUAACAGAAUGGAAUUGUCUUUCUGACAAGUACGAUAAGGCGUUUUUCGAUAAUUCAAUAGGGACAUGUGAGACUGUUGGCAAUGGUAUAGUGAAUAUGUCGACUGGUUUUGUCGCCUCGCAAUUCCGUGGUUUCGUCAGUUUUAUAGAUAAAAAUGGAGGAAGCGAAAAAUUGCGAUUGUCCCGCAAAAAAUUGCAGUGUAUUGAUGGAGACAAAUAG